AUGGCAAAUUGGGGUUGUUUCUUUAGAGAAUAUGGAAAAAUGGAUAAUAGUUUUGUUGAGACGGUCCAAAUACAACAGUUAUAUGAAAGGAGAGAAUUUUUUGAAUCUCUUGCACAAAAUAAUAUUGCAUUGUCUAUGAGGGAAAAUAGAAAUAAUGCAUGGUCUAUGAGGGAAAGGGGACAUUACAUAGUUGAUUUACAGCAGAUCAAUAUGUCUUUCGGCACGAUUGCAGAGAUUGCUAGGUGUGCAAUAAGAGCAUUGCCGCCGGUUAAAAGCUUUGAUGGUGACAAAAACACUGAUUGUCCUAUUUGCGUGGAUGAAUUCACAAAAGGCGAGAUGAUUCAAUCUUUUGGAGUGUGUGGCCAUGAAUUUCAUACUGCGUGUCUCAACUCGUGGUUACUUGGAGGAAAAACUACUUGUCCAGUUUGUCGCCAUGAUUUGUUGUCUAACUAUUAG